AUGGCAGAAGCUCCGUUGUAUGAAUACACAACACUGAAGAGCCUUCCUGAUUCUGGUCGCGUCAACGUGUACGGUGUGGUUCUUUCAAUCACUACGCCGAUUUUCGGUGGCCUUAUUAUCGAGAUAAGGGAUGAGCGUGCCACCGUCUGCUUGAAAGUCAGUAAAGAAUCAGAAGGUCAUUUCAAGGACUUACAACCGAAUGAUAUACUUCGAUUACAUCGAGCAGAGGUUGGCUCGUAUCGCAACGAAAAGGCUCUAAUAGUGAAUAUCGGUGCGUACGGUUGCCAUGCUGUGGCUUGGUCCUGCAUGUCAGAUACGCCCACAUUGAAGACUUCUAAGACAUACACGUUCGACGAACAGGAUGUCGCUAGGCUUUCUGAAUUGCGUGAAUGGUCUGGGAAUGGAGAAACCCGAGCAGAAGCCCCGGUCUCAUCACCUACAAGCGACUGUGUCAAUGCUGAAGCCGAAAUGUUACCAACUGGAGAAGCCGACGUCAACUCGCCAACUAAGCGGAAAAAUGCCAAACGGAAGAAGUGCAACACAGUUGAAAGUGCAAGUGAGAUUCCAUCGCUUGGAACUAAGUUUUUUAACUGGUACUGCGAGGUACUUGCUGUAUACGAGGGCAAGGGCGAGCCACUCACGGUGUUCGUAAGAGCUUGGGAUGGAACGUUGGCGAGUUUCUCUGACGACCUAAAUAUGUUCCGAGCAGACGCUGAGAGCAUAGAGACGACAUUUUGCGAGACUUCAUUGUCUGUACUUGCUGCUGUGGAUGCUUACACUUUCGAUGUGUGCUGUUAUGGGGACUGGGCAGCUCAAGCUUCAAAGCUUAAAUCUAUUGAAGAAAAACCCAAUGAAAUGGAUGAGAGUUCACAACGUGAAGCCGUCGUUCAACGGCUUUUUAAAGGAAAUGUGCGAGAAGAACGUAAAGAUAUUCCAAAAGGCUUCGCGACACCCACCCAGCUAUUGCCAUUCUAUUGUGAAGAAUUUACGGUUGGAGAUAUCGUCUACUUCAGCAACAUACGAAACUACUUGUGCAAGUCAAGAAACUGUUCAGCACUGACAAUGCAUGAAGGCGGGGCUUCGUUCGAUCGUGCCCUCUGUGUUAUCGAUGAGAACGAUCCCUUACAUUUUGAGGUUUCGAAGUAG